AUGGAUGAAGAAAAAAAAAAAACUUUAUUCACUGAACUUAACCUUGAUGAGGCUUUAAUAUUUGCUUUAUUUAUUCAAAAAUAUAUUUUUUGUGCUAAUAUUCAAAAACAAGCCAUACCACCUCUUAUAAAAAAGAAAAAUGUUCUUUUACAUUCAGAAACAGGAAGUGGAAAAACUUUAUGCUUUGUUAUUCCCUUAUUACAAAAUUUAUUAAGUAACAAAAACAUAAAUGCAAAAAAUUUAGAAUUUAAUAAAGACCAAGAUAAUGAAGAAUCAUUUUCAUACAAUGAGAAAAGUAUUAAAAAUAUAUGUGAAUUUUUUGAAAACAAAGAUAUCGAAAAAUGUAAUUCUAUCAUUGACAUAAAUAUAAAUAAAUUUAUUUCUUAUAAUAAAAGCAUUUUAGAAAAUAAUAAUUUAAGUGUAGUGAAUAAAAAGGAAAUAAAUAAAAAUAAGCAUAGUGAAAAUAUGAUAGAUAUAAAUGAAAUGAGGGAAAAAUUUCUAAGAAGCAAUAAUAAUAAGUGCAUAACAAAUGACAUAAAAAAUAAAUUAUGCUGUGAUUUUUAUAAAAAAAAAAAAAAUGAAAUAAUAAAUAUAUAUGGAAUUAUAAUAACACCCACUAGAGAAUUAUGUAUACAAAUUUAUAAUUUAAUAAAUAAAUUUUUAUUUUUUAUAAGACUGUAUUUUUCUUAUAAAUGUAACAUAGAAUUUAAAAGAUUAAAUAAAGAAAAUUUUUUCUUGAAUGCUCUUUUAUUUAGAGGAGCAGUUAAAAUUAACGAAGAUUUGAAAAUUAUAAGAAAUGAAAAAAAAAAAAAAAAUAGAUAUCAAAUUAUUGUUUCAACACCAGGAAAGUUAUCAGUUUUAUUAAAUAAGCAUAAAAAAUAUUUUAAUACAAAUGAAUUAAAUUAUUUAAUACUAGACGAAGGUGAUAAGUUACUAGAAGAAAGUUAUAUAAAUUACAUUAAAGAUAUAAUAAAAAGCAUUUUCAUUAAUGAAUAUUCUACUUGUAUAUGCAGCGCUACGUGCUUGCAGGAAGAGAAGUUUUAUAAUUUAUUUUUAGAUAAAAAGAAAAAUUUUAUGAAGUGUAUUAAUAAAAGUAAUAUGGUUUUAAAUAAUUUUCAAUUACCAGAAAAAAUAGAAAAUUAUUAUAUUAUUUUAAGAAAUAUAGACAAAAGUUUUUUUCUUUUUAAGUUUUUAAACACAGUUGUAAGUGAUAACGAAACAGUUAUAGUAUUUUUUUCCACUUGCUUUUGUGUUGAAUUUUUUUUUCAUUUAUUCAAAAAUAUUUUUAAUACAGGAAAAAAAAAUAAAGAGGAAAAUUAUGCCAAAAUUCUACAGCUUAACAAUAAAUAUAAAAUAUACAAUGAAAAUGAAGUUAUUCUAUUUUCAAAAAUGAUUUCUUAUAUUCAUAAAUAUAUAGGAAAUAAAAAAUUUACAUUUUUAAAAAUUCACAGAAAAAUGAAAGAUAAAAAAAGAAUUAGCGCAUAUAGAAAAAUAACGGAUAUAAAAAAUAAUCAGAGGAAAAUAAUUUUCUGCACAGAUAUUAUGAGCAGAGGAGUAAAUAUUAAUGUUCAUUGGGUAGUAAAUUAUGAUGUUGCAAACAAAAAUAUUACUUAUGUUCAUAGAAGUGGAAGAACUGGAAGAUUUAACAAAAGUGGAAAAAAUAUAAUUCUUUUAAAUAAAAAAGAAAAAGAAUAUGUAUUUUUUUUAAAAAAUAAAAAUGUAAAUAUUGCAAAUUUUAAGAAAACAGUGAUGUAUACAAAUAUGAUAAAUUAUGAAAAAAUUUUAAUGAAAAAUGAAAAUAGCAUAGAUCAAAAUGCAUUAGAAAUGAUCAAAAAAAAAAAAAAAGAUUUAUCAUACAAGAUUUCUUUUAUAAAAUUUUAUAAAAAUUAUUGUGAAGAAAUGGAGGAAAAAAGAGAUAAAAGUUCUUUAAGUAAAAAACACACUGCUCAUAAAAAACAGAACAUUAUUUUAUUAAAUAAUAUGAUUAUGCUAUUUCUAAAAUAUAUAGUUUUUUUUGUUAUUGAAUAUAGAGAAAUAUUUUUACUUUCAACAAAAGCUUUUUUAUCAUAUAUAGAAUUCUAUAAAAAUCAUCAACUAAGUUUCCUUUUUUCUUUUAAUAAAUUAAAUUUAUCACAUUUAUGUUAUGCAUUUGCAUUAGUUAAAAUACCAAAAUUCAAGGAAAAAUAUAAGAUUAAAAAUUUCAAAAAAAUAAAAAUUAACACUUUUGAAAUACCAUAUAAAAAUGAAGAGAAAGAAAAAAAAAGACAAGAGGAUAUGAAAAAUAUGGAAGAAAUAAAAAAAAAAAAACAAAUUUCCAAUAUUCAAAAAAAGGAAAAUAAUAAUAAUGAAAAAAAAGAAAAACAAAGGAAAAAAAGAAAAACAAUAGUUCAAAAGAAACACGAAAAAAGAGAAAUGGAAGAAAAUGAAAUUGACUCCUUAUUUUAUGAAGAAAAAUUAUAUAAAAAGUUAAAAAAAAAAAAAAUUACUGAAGAUGAAUAUGAUAAAUUAUUGAAUAUGGAUAAAAUUGAUAAACAUUUUUCUAGUAUGAACAUAUCAAAAAAUAUGAUUAUUCAGAAUAAAAAAAUUCUAAAUAUAAACAGGAAAAAGCAAAAAAAAAAAAAAAAAGUUUAUAAAUUAAAAAUAAAAAAGAGAAGAAAUAAAAAUAAAAGAUAA